CUAAGAACUCGGACAAGCUUCAGAUCACUUUGACACAUGUCGUGGUGCAUAACUUAUUGAGUAGAUCAGCCUGAACAAAUGUUUGUCAUGUUUGUUUGGCGGCGCCGAUCCGGGCCUUUUUUCUCCUUCCGCGGCCUGGCAGAGGCAGGACCAUUAUGAAUGCCCUCCGAUAAACAGCCGAUAAGACGUUGCUCGAUCUAACAAGGUCUUUGCUUGCUCCAUACUCUCCAAAACCGGAUUAUCAUCCAGCCACUCCAAGAACCGUGCCACUUAGCCUUCGCCAUGGGCUUCGGAGCUCCCGGUGGUGCCGCGACCAACUACAAGCCUACGCCUCCCGAGCGUGGCAGCUUUCCCCUGGAUCACUAUGGCGACUGCAAACAUCUGAUCUCCGAUUACUUGAAAUGCCUGAAAUCGAACCGCGGCGUGAACGACGACGCAUGUCGACAGUUGGCGAAGGGGUAUCUCGCUUGUCGGAUGGAAAACAACCUCAUGGCGCCGGACGAUUUCAAGAACCUCGGGUUGACAUUUGAGAAGGACAAGGCCGCCGCUGCUGCUACUGAGGGGGCUGCGGCGGGGACGCAGAAUAAGUCAUAAGUUUGGGGUGGUUGCGAGGGUUGUACGAUAUUUUCUGAGAGGUUGGCGGUCUUUUGUGCAAGGCAUGAGGGGCUGCUGGGUUGGUUGAUGAUUUUCACGAUCUGGUAGAUUGGUAUAGAUUCUCUCACUCUUCGUAUUUUUCGGCGUCCGGGAAAGGUGGUUAUCUAUAUUUCGUUCUAUGUAUGUACAGGAUGUGUAGGAUUAUAUGGUCUGUAUAUAUGUACUGAUUGAAAGCCUUCACUCAAGCCAGUAAUCCGAGGCAUACUCAUUCUGAGUAUGUUUGUUGUGGCCUGCGAUCUCAG